AUGCGCGUGGGAGCGCCCAGCCGACGGAGUUGUUUUGCAUGGGCGCGCAGUCCACUUCCACGGGCACAUCGCGGUGACGCUAGUGGAUCCCCAGUUGCUUCCACGGGGACACGUGCCUGCGCGACGGCCGCGGGGGCGGUGACGCAGAAGCCUCCUCCGCAGCCUUCACCUGCGCUAACGGCGGCGGAGUUUGCCCAAAUUGCGCCGAUGGUGUUGCUCCGUCAGGCGCUGCAGCAGCACGCCGUAGCGGGCAGUGGCGUCGGUGUGCGCGGGAACGCGCAUCUCAUCAGCCGGACGGUGUUUGACCGGCACUGUGCUGAAAGUCACAUAGAAGAUAGUGACGAGGCCCUGCGGCUCUUGGCGGAGGCCGGCACCGUCGUCCCUAUUUCUGGCGGGAAGGAGGUGCAUCUGCGGCCGCUGCAGCUUGUGCACAUGUACGAAGACCUCGUUGUUGCGGCGGCGGGCCCUUCCUCGGACUUCUUCAUUGAGGAAGCCACGCGACGCUUGGAGGCUGCCGAGGCUGACGCCGCGGCGAUGAGGCGGGAGCUGCAGCCCGCCGUCGUGCGAGCCGCCAAGUGGCGUCGACGCGUGUGGGGUGCGGCGCUCUGCUUCACAGGGGCCCAGCUGGCCGUGAUCUCGCGACUCACCUUCUUUGACCUCGACUGGGACAUCAUGGAGCCGGUCUCGUACUUCCUUGGGACAGGCACCUCCCUGCUCUUCUUCGGCUACUUCCUCCGGCACGGGCGCUCGCACAGCUACCGGGACUACGAUCGCACAAGGCUGCCUGCAAAACUGCGGGAGUAUGCGCCGCGUGACUUUGACUGGGACAAGUACGAGGCCAUUUGCAACAGGGUCGAGGCGGAACGCCGCAUGCUGGCGAGAAUCAAAGAGUGGAUGAAGCAACACUAA